AUGUCUUCUGUUGCUUUGACUUCUCUUAUUGCAACACUAAUUCGUGAGACUAAUAGGGCGCCUAACCCCGAUAUAGUAACCUCUCUUUCUGGGACUCUUUAUUCCCUGUUCUUAACAAAUUGUAGAAUUAGCGAUGGUGUUUCUGCUGCUGCAAUCAAAGAUUUGGAAACCCAAAUCAGAGACUUUGCACUCCAAGUCGAAGAUGAGUUUGAAAUACAACUAAGCAACUUUCUUCGUGCCCAAGACACCGAGUCCCAAAACAAAGCUUCCAAGCAAAUCUCCAUCAUCUUGUGUCGAGCACAAAUUGAUGCAGAAAACUUUUCAAGUUUCAUCGACAGAAACAUCUACCGAGCUUUUGUGGCCAGUGAAUUUCAACCAGAAUCCGAUGAUAUUAAUCCUCGGUUAAAACAUGCUUCCGAGUCGUCUAAGACCAAGAGAGUUUUUGAGGAGGAGUACAAAAUGGUGGGUCGUCAGCAUGACUAUGGAGUGAUAAUGGACCAGGUUUUGGGUGAGGACGAUGAAUUUAAAGUCAUCUCAAUUGUUGGAAUGGCGGGUAUCGGAAAGACAACUUUAGCUCGUAGCGUCUAUGGAGAUCCACAAGUUGCAUCAGGUUUCGUGGUACGAGGUUGGGUUACAAUGCCUCAAGAAUUCGAAGAGAGCCAAUUGCUAUGGGACCUUCUUGGGUCAAUUACUCAAGAAGAAGAGCGGGAUGAAGUUGAAAAGGGAAGGUGCAGUCUUAAAAACCUAGCACAACAGGUAUACAAAUGCUUGUUAUUCAAGAGGUACCUAAUUGUUUUAGAUAACUUUUGGAAAGAAUGUGAGUAUAUCCAAGAAUGUUUUCCAUAUAAUUCAAAUGGAAGUCGCGUAUUGCUAACAUCUAAGAACUUAAAGUCGGGGUAUUUCGACUCAUAUGAUUAUGUUCAUAAGAUGACUUUGCUAGGUCCAAAUGAAAGUUGGGAUUUAUUUUGCAAUAUCCUUUCUCUUAAAGGAUGUGUGGUAUCAAAAUUUGAAAAAAUUAGGGUUGAUGUUGUGGAGAAAUGUGAUGGAUUACCACAAUCAAUUGUUGUAGUUGCAGAACGUCUAUCAAAAUGCAGAAUCAUUCAAAAGGAAUGGAAGAAAAUUGAAAAGGAAUUGGAGUUACUUGGAACUCUAAAUCGUGGUGCACUUAAUCAUCAUUAUAACCAAUUGUCUGACCGUUUGAAAGUUUGCUUUCUGUAUCUUGCCGUCUUCCCAAGGCGCAGUAAAAUCCAAGUCAAAGUGCUUAUAAGGUUAUGGAUUGCAGAGGGAUUUGUGAACAGCUGGUGGGUCUUCUCUUAA